UUUGCUUCGUGCUUCAACCGGAUGCCAUGGCUGAAGCACCGGCAUCCGGGCCAGAGAGACUCGAUGACCCUGAACGCCUGUGGAUCUGGGAAAGGCACGUGUACUUGGAUGAGCAUAAACGAAGCUGGCUGCCCAUAAUCCUCGAGACUGAUGAAAAAUUGCAGGUGCUCCUGCGCCAGCAAGACGUCUCCUUGGGGUCUCCUAUGACCCCCGAACAGCUGACGGCAUAUGAGCUACCUUUACUGUGGCAACUAUACCCAGGGAAAAGGUACCGAGGCAGUGACUCCAAGUUCUGGCUGAUCCUGUACCACGUCAAGUUGAGAGGCGUAGAGGACAUGUUACUUGAACUGUUGGAGUCUGAAGAAUGUGACACGGUAUAAGAUGUGAGACCCAACCUUGGGAGCCAACUCACCAGCUACCCAGCAGCCCCCCCGCCGGCUCCCGCUCUGUGCCUCUGACCCUGCCUUCUCAUCUUUCCCUGGUCCUGCAGUUCCUGUCUCCCUUGCCUGCCCCAGGCCCAUGGGAGAGAUGUUUGUACUUCUAUCCACUUUGCUAGUCACCUUCUUUCUCUUCCACACUGGGCCCCAGGAAGAAAAGCUAGCCAGAAGACACCCCUCCCUAUCUCCGGUAGCCUGCUCAGCUGUCUCCGUUGGCCCUCAGCCUCCACGGCCAGCAGCGUCAGGGAAGUGCCUAGUUCUUACCAACUCCUCUAGGUGCCCAGUGGUAGCUGUGGCUCUGAGCUUCUCAGAAAACUCAUUUUUUAGCCUUUGUCUUUUGUCCCUCGAGGCAACCAGUGUCUGGAUUUUGAACUUGCCUACUCUCUCAUUGGUCUCCCAGCUAUACAUGUACCCUGAGGGACAAGGCCUUGUCACUUAAACCUGGCCAGGCCCCAGAUCUGCCAUCUUUCAAGGUGCUGUGCUUUUACUCGCUUGACCUGUGAACCUGCCCCCCACCACUACCCAACAAACUUAGGCUUUGUUGCAAAGCAGUAGAAGGCCUGAGAGCUUCAUGUCCCUCCUCAGAACCCAGGAGCUUGAAGCCAGGGAUGUGCAAACCUGGCUGGGGCCUAAGGCCAUCACUAGAGCAGGAGGCCAGAC